AUGCUCGACCUCGCCGCAACAAUCCUCAACUCAUUCCCCCUAUCAGUUCUCUUAUCAGGACUGAUUGCCAUGGGUUUACUGACAUGGCUCCGGCCAAAAGGCCGCAUAGCCUUCCACCACGCCAAGGACAAUAAAUUAAUCUUGACCAAAGUGGUCGGCGCCUCAGGAGCCAAAGAGCAAACCACAUUCGUGGAUGUCUGUCGCUCUGCCACACCAGCAACAUGCAACCUAAACCCAUUCCUGUUCAACGGUCAUCUGCAGACCUGCUACACGACCCUGAAACACGAUAAUGUCCCCGUCUACUACAAACGUAGCAUGGUCGAGUCUGACAGCCCUGCAUUUACGGGCCAUUUCGCCAUGGAUUACGUCGUUGCUCCCUACGACCUCCCUAACGACCCAGAACUGAUGGAUGCUGCCAGGAAGCAUACCCAGGAGUCGGGCUUGCCGUCUCGCACGUCUUUCUUCACGCAGGAUGAGUUUGCGUCUCUGCCUUCGGAUGAUACUAAGCCCAUGCUUGUAGUGCUUCACGGGCUGAGUGGUGGCUCGCAUGAAGUAUACUUGCGGCAUGUUCUGGCGCCGCUUGUCAAGGAUGGAUCUUGGGAGGCUUGUGUUGUCAAUUCGAGGGGAUGUGCGCAGACGAAAAUUAGCACCGGCGUUCUUUACAAUGCUCGCGCUACAUGGGAUGUUCGUCAGGCUGUGAGGUUGCUUAGGGAGAAGUUCCCCAAUCGCCCUCUUUUCGGCAUUGGUUUCUCGCUUGGUGCCAAUAUCCUUACCAAUUAUUUGGGAGAGGAAGGAGAUGCUUGUGAAUUGAAGGCGGCGGUGAUUUGCGCCAGCCCAUGGAACUUGGAUGUCAGUUCUACGGUGUUGCAAAGUACCUGGAUCGGCAAGGAGGUAUACAGCAGGACCAUGGGAACGAGCAUGAAGAAGCUAUUUGAGGCACAUGUUGGACAGGUCUCCAAGAAUCCUCGCAUUGAUGUUGAGGCGAUCAGAAGCAUUACCUAUCUUCAUGAAUUUGACCGAGCUCUGCAAUGUCCUACCUGGGGCUAUCCCACCGAGGGAGCCUAUUACCGUGAUGCCACUUCCACCGAUUCCAUGCUGGCUAUCAGGAUUCCAUUCCUUAGCAUUCAAGCAGAGGAUGAUCCCAUUGCCUGCCGGGAGGCUCUGCCUUACCAGGAAAUGACACAAACGCCCUAUGGAGUCAUGCUGACCACCUCAUGGGGUGGUCAUCUGGGUUGGUUCGAGUUGGGAGGAGCCAGGUGGUUUGUUAAGCCGGUGACAAACUUCUUGAACGCAAUGGCCAGGGACAUCGACACCACCAUUCCAGGUGUGGUAGAACACCCCGACAGACUACCUGGAACCAUUGCCAGCCAUGGCGCCCCCCACAAAGAUCCCGACAUGGCACCCAAGCCCGACUUCAGCGCAAUGCGCCGCAAACUCAACCUACCCCUAGGACUGUAA